UGGCUAGCAUCGGACAUUAAAGCAUUAGCGUAAUGUUCUCGUUCCGCUUUGUAUCAUGUUAGGUUUUGAUCUUAAGUUUUGAAAUGGCGAGUGGGAAAAUACAUUUGUACAAGUGAGCUGGGGUAUGACGAAAUCAUGCUUUAAAGAAACAGUCUUCCGUGUUUCUGCCUAUUAAUCAUCAAACAUCGGCUAUAUAUGGAACACCAAAUUACAGAUUUUUUUAAUCAGGUCAAAAAUGUCAAACGCAAAUGGCACAUCACUGUUGCGUCUGGGUGUCAUACUGCUGAUGGCAGGUGUCAUCUCUCUGAGCGUUGUGUUUUUCUGGUUCUCGCUUUCAAACAACUGUCCAUCUCCGGUUUUUAGACCUGACCGAUAUUCACAAAUCAUUGCUGACAAGAGCAGCAGGCCUCUUGCUAAUAAGGCAGAAGGGAAACCUUUAGUUCUGUUAUGGGUUUGGCCACAAGAUUACAGGUUUGAAUUCAGUGACUGCAAAAGGUUUUUCAAUAUUGAUAAUUGCCAGCUGACGGAUGAUAGAUCUCUGUACAACGAUGCAGAUGAUGUCAUCGUUUAUCACAGAAACAUCAGUAAAGAUCUGUCCAACCUUCCUCCAUCUCCUCGUCCUCCGUUCCAGAGGUGGAUUUGGUUGCAUUUGGAAUCACCAACCAACACCAAAAUCAUACCGGGUCUGGAAAACCUGUUCAAUCUCACUCUCAGCUACAGACAGGAUGCUGAUAUUCCCGUACGGAUGAGGUUGAUCACCAGUAAGGAACCUAACAAGGAUUUUGUGAUUCCCAAAAAGGACAAACUGGUGUGCUGGAUUGUAAGUAACAACAAUUCCACAACUGGUGUUGACAGGAGGAACGAUUUUUUCAAAGAAUUCAGUAAAUAUAUCCAAGUGACUUUGUUCGGAAAAGCUUAUGCAAGGUUUCUGAAUUAUACUGACUACUAUCCAACCCUGGCUAGCUGCAAAUUUUACCUUGCUCUUGAGAACUCCGUCCACAAGGACUACUUUAUGGAGAAGAUAAACGGACCGCUUGCAGCAGGGACCGUCCCAGUGGUGUUGGGUCCUCCGAGAAGAAACUAUGAAAACUAUUAUCCCGCCGAGUCCUUCAUUCAUGUCGAUGAUUUCCCAGAUGAAAGGUCGCUAGCUAUGUAUCUGCUUCAGCUGGACAGGGAUGAAAAUGCAUAUCACCAGUACUUUAACUGGAGGAAACAUCUCACUCCAAGUCCUCAUUUAAUAUUACAGACACAAGAGUUUAUUCUGGCUAUCUGCACUGCCUGUGAUCAUGUAGCACGACACAGAGAAUAUAAAGAAGUUCAUGAUCUCUAUGAUUGGUACUUCAGAUAAAGUCAUCUCAGGUUUUCGUACAUCAUCAGUCACUGACUAUAAUGUUUAUGAAAUAAAUUGUAAUUUAUAUUAUACGUUACUUUUGAGAUUAGACUUUGUAACUAUUUUGGUGAAAGUGUUCAUUAAAUGAAGUGAAAAUGCUCAUA